AUCUGCUGCUAGCACUGCCCUGCAAGCUGAAGACCAGCUUCCGCGGCGCGAUCACGGGCAGAGGGGUUUCUCAGGGCACCAGUCCCGACCCAUCCCGCGUACAGCGACCCAGGGAGUGCACCAGGAGCCGGAUCUCUCCAGGCGGGGGCAACAGCAGUCUCUUGCGCGGAGCAGGCGUUCACAGACUGGGCACGCCAUGGCUGCCGUCGACUUCCUCACGGCCGAGAUGGCCAACAAAGCGCACAUUGAUGCCGUGAACCGCGACUACAUCUGCGAGCCGCACCUGGAGUACCGCACAGUGGGUGGCGUGGCGGGACCGCUGGUGGUGGUGAACACAGUCAAGAAGCCCAAGUACGCGGAGAUUGUGAACCUGCGGCUAGGCGACGGCAGCGUGCGGCGCGGGCAGGUGCUGGAGGUGGAUGGCGACCGCGCGGUGGUGCAGGUGUUUGAGGGCACCAGCGGCAUCGACAACCAGUCCACCACGCUGGAGUUCACCGGGGAGGUGCUGCGCACCCCCGUGUCCCAGGACAUGCUGGGGCGCGUGUUCAACGGCUCGGGGCGACCCAUCGACGGCGGCCCCCCCCCGAUGCCUUUAUGCCCACACACACCACACACCUUGCUUCCCCUUGCUUCCCCCGCAGGCCUGGUGAAGCACGGCGCAGAGGAGGGCGAGGCGGAGCCGUUUGCCAUUGUGUUUGCCGCCAUGGGAGUCAACAUGGAGACCGCCCACUUCUUCAAGCAGGCGCGCACACAUACCCCGCCCCUGCAUGCCCGCCAGCCCUGCCACAUGUCCUCGUAUGCUGAUGCGUUGCGCGAGGUGUCUGCCGCGCGCGAGGAGGUGCCCGGCCGCCGCGGCUACCCCGGCUACAUGUACACAGAUCUGGCCACCAUCUACGAGCGGGCAGGUCGCAUCGAGGGUCGCAAGGGCUCCAUCACCCAGCUGCCCAUCCUGACCAUGCCCAACGACGACAUCACCCACCCCAUCCCCGACCUCACCGGAUACAUCACAGAGGGGCAGGUGUAUGUGGACCGCCAGCUGCACAACAGGCAGGUGUACCCUCCCAUCAACGUGCUGCCCAGCCUGUCCCGGCUGAUGAAGAGCGCGAUUGGGGAGGGCAUGACGCGGGGCGACCACUCCGAGGUCUCCAACCAGCUCUACGCCAACUACGCCAUCGGCAAGGACGUGCAGGGCAUGAAGGCUGUGGUGGGGGAGGAGGCUCUGUCCAGCGAGGACCUGCUCUACCUGCAGUUCCUGGACAAGUUCGAGGCGCGGUUCGUCAACCAGGGCCUGUACGACAACCGCUCCAUCUUCGACUCCCUGGACCUGGCCUGGAGCCUGCUGCGCCUGUUCCCGCGCGAGCUGCUGCGCCGCAUCACCACCGAAACCCUGGACAAAUACUACGACCGCGAGAAGGCGGCGGCGUAGGGCCCCGCUGCCCAUUGCCCACUGGUGGUUGGCAGGAUGCAUUGCCGAUCAUGUGGCGCGCAGAGGCGGUCACGUGCGCCUGGAGCGGCUGGCAGACGGGCGUGGAUUUUGUUUGGUUCCCUCACGUUUUGAGGCACGAGCCGCAGGCGAGCCCAGCCCCGCCAUGGGAGCAGCCCGCCCUCGUGUGUUGGUGCCUGUCCGCAACGGCUGCAACCAGAUUGGUGCCAAGGCAUAUCAAGUGAACUGUGUAACACUGUCGAUUCAGC